UGUGUAGCGACCACGGAUCAAUUUUCGCGAGAAAAGCGAUGUUACCCCAAAUAAGAAGAGGGUGAACACGUCGUAUACCUGUGGGAGCGCGGAAAACAACGGACACAUCUGCCAACCGGAUAAACAGGAGCACGAAAACGUGAAGUUACCGUGCUGCUUUCACUGCCUACGUGUGCGAGGAUAUGUGUGCACGGAGGGACGUAUGGUCGCUACAGAUUCAUUGAUCUCGUAUCUAUUUUAAUGCAUUCAAGCUUUGACAGUGCUUGUUGUUAUUAAAUUCAGGUUAGCAGUUGUGUUGUAGUGUGCAAUAUGCAUGCAGUGAGAACUCCGUGUUUGUACCGAGGACAUCCCAGCAUAUAGACUAUGUGUGAAUGUGGAUCAUACCGUAACAUGUAGCGGGUUGCUACAGGGAUGUGUAGUGUAGAUGAGGAGAGGAUAGAAGCAUUUUAUAGGGUGGUACUACCACAGUGAAUUGGCUGCUAUCGGUGUAAUAAGAUAACUUGUUGUUGGGAAGCAAUGUUGGUUUGAGCCGUGAUUACGUGUUGACGUAAAGGUGUUUACAAAGUUGAGCGGUUUAUCUCAUCUGUGAUGUGAUGGGCUUCAGUCUGACAGCCUGGGCUGAUCCGAGGGUUUCCUCACAGUCUGUCAGCUGGACCUGAGUUCACGCAGUGCACGGUGGCCCCCCGUGCAGCCUCACGCUUAUUCAGCAGUGUCCAGCAGAGCAGCUGCAGCCCCCGUCUGUCAGUCUCUGCCCGCAGGUGACAUCAGGGGUUAGAGUGACACUUUCUUUUAAACUUUGGUCAUUUAUGAUGCAGUCAUCUUUGAUUGUAAAGCGAGAGAAGAAAGGGUAGACGUCAUACAUUAGCUAGAAACAGGUGUUUUCGCGGGUUAAUGAUGUUUAAAGCCUCCUAGCUAAGUGUUUGUUGUUACUGAGUUCACGAGCCGCUGUGGCUCGUUGAAAGCCACGCGAGAGUGGGACAUAAUCCACCCCCGUCACCUGGAAACCACGGAGCCUCGAGACCCACAAGUGUGAACGCGCCACGAGCCAUGGAUGAUUCUGGUAUCAUCCGAAGACGGAGGAUGCAGGAUCUACCUCUGCCCCGGAAAAGUAGCAAUUGCAGAACCAGUAACCGGAAAAGCCUCAUCCUGACCAGUACAUCCCCAACCCUGCCACGGCCGCACUCUCCACUGCCGGGACACAUUGGAAGCAGUCCAUUGGAUAGCCCGCGCAACUUCUCACCAAGCGGCCCAGCCCACUUCUCCUUUGCCUCUUCUCGCAGAGCUGAUGGCCGCCGAUGGUCUCUAGCUUCCCUGCCUUCUUCAGGAUAUGGCACCAAUACACCCAGCUCAACGUCAUCCAGCUCAUCCCAGGAGCGACUGCACCAGUUGCCCUUCCAGCCCACCAUGGAUGAGCUGCACUUCCUGUCCAAGCACUUUGGCAGCACUGAGAGCAUCACAGACGAUGAUGGGGGCCGACGCUCGCCACACGUUCGCCCUCGCUCUAGAAGCCUCAGCCCGGGGCGCUCUCCUUCCUGCUAUGACAAUGAAAUCGUGAUGAUGAACCAUGUCUACAAGGAGCGAUUCCCCAAGGCCACAGCUCAGAUGGAAGAGAGGUUGGCAGAAUUCAUCCAGAACUACUCCCCAGAGAAUGUUCUGCCACUGGCCGAUGGGGUCCUCAGCUUCAUUCACCACCAGGUAGCUGAGCUGUCGAGGGACUGCCUGACUAAAUCACGAGAGGGUCUCAUUACCAGCGUCUACUUCUGUGAACUGCAAGAGAACCUGGAGAAGCUGCUGCAUGACGCAUAUGAACGUUCGGAGAGUUCAGAGCUCACCUUCGUCAUCGAGCUGGUCAAAAAACUCUUCAUCAUCAUAUCUCGUCCGGCCAGGCUCCUUGAAUGUUUGGAGUUCAACCCUGAAGAGUUUUAUCAUCUGCUGGAGGCAGCCGAGGAUCACGCCAAGGAGGGACAGCUGAUGAAGGCAGACAUCCCCAGAUAUAUCAUCAGCCAGCUGGGGCUGACCAGAGACCCACUGGAGGAGAUCGUGAGCCUUGACAGCUAUGACAGCGAGGGUCCACACACCCCAGAGACGGAUGACUCAGCAGAGGGGAAGACAAGAGCCAUCAAACCGCCAAGUGAAGAGGAUUUUCAGAGCAUCAAACUCAUCAGCAACGGAGCGUAUGGGGCGGUGUACCUGGUGCGCCACAGGGAGACACGUCAGCGUUUUGCCAUGAAGAAGAUCAACAAGCAGAAUCUGAUCCUGAGGAAUCAGAUCCAGCAGGCUUUUGUGGAGAGGGACAUCCUCACCUUUGCAGAGAACCCAUUUGUCGUUUCCAUGUUCUGCUCCUUUGAAACACGGAGACAUCUGUGCAUGGUCAUGGAAUAUGUUGAGGGCGGAGAUUGUGCCACUUUGCUGAAAAACAUCGGGGCUCUGCCCGUGGAGCUGGCACGGAUGUACUUUGCUGAAACUGUUUUAGCUCUUGAGUACCUGCACAACUAUGGCAUCGUCCACAGAGACCUCAAACCAGACAAUCUACUGAUCACCUCCAUGGGACACAUCAAGCUUACAGAUUUUGGCCUGUCAAAGAUGGGUCUGAUGAACCUCACAACCAACCUGUAUGAGGGACACAUCGAGAAAGACGCCAGAGAGUUCCUAGAUAAGCAGGUGUGUGGUACCCCAGAGUACAUCGCUCCAGAGGUGAUUCUUCGUCAGGGUUAUGGAAAGCCGGUGGACUGGUGGGCCAUGGGCAUCAUCCUCUACGAGUUCUUGGUGGGCUGUGUGCCUUUUUUUGGAGACACUCCAGAAGAGCUGUUUGGGCAGGUCAUCACAGAUGAUAUAGUUUGGCCAGAGGGUGAUGAUGCCUUGCCUGCGGAUGCUCUGGCCCUCAUUUCUGCCCUCCUGCAGACCAACCCUCUUGUGAGGUUGGGAACAGGUGGUGCUUUUGAGGUGAAGCAGCACUCGUUCUUCACAGAGCUGGACUGGAACAGUUUACUGAGACAGAAAGCCGAGUUCGUCCCCCACCUCGAGUCAGAAGAGGACACCAGCUACUUUGAUACUCGCUCGGAUCGUUAUCACCACAUCAAUACAUACGACGAGGAUGACACCAACGACGACGAACCAGUAGAGAUCAGACAGUUCUCUUCCUGCUCUCCUCGCUUUAGCAAGGUGUACAGCAGCAUGGAGCAUCUGUCUCAGCUUGAGCAGAAAGCUACGACCUCAGUGUCCCGUCGGGAGCACAAGGGCCCACGGGAGGACAAGGUGACCAAAAGAGAGAGCCUAGGAAGCUUCAGCAUGAGAGACAAGAGCUGGAGGACGGGAUCUCCCGAGAUGAAGCGCCUGUCCUGUUCAGAGUCCCUCUACAUGGAGGGGGAUGCAAGCCCACCCCUGGGUGCUCGCCGGCGCUUCUCAGCUCUGAUGGACACACACCGAUUUGCGUCGCCUCUGGACGGUGAGCCAGACUUCCUGUCUCGCCAGGUGCCCAUCAAGAUGCGAGGAACCUCACUGGAUGGAACCAGCAUCCCUUCACCGAGCCUGAUGGAGCAAAAGAACAGUCUGAGGGAGAUUGAUGGAGCAGACAAAUCCCCCCGUCAUGGAGAAACACCUGGAGUUACCACGGCUGUAACUACCUUAUCUCCUGGCCCUGCAGCAGCUGGUCGGGAUGUGAUGACUCCUCUGUACGACCCUCUUGGGCCUCGGGCCACAAAUGACCUGGUCCUGCGCAGAGCGAGACAUCCACAUCUGUCUGGUGAUGGAGAGAAACGCAACUCAAGAACAGGAAACAAGGUCAUAAAGUCAGCUUCUGCUACAGCACUGUCUGUCAUCAUCCCAUCAGUGGAUCAGCAUGGUGGCUUUUCCCCACUUGCCAGCCCCAUGUCCCCCCACUCUUUCUCCUCCAACCCAUCAUCCCGGGACUCUUCACCCAGCAGAGACUUCUUCCCCGCUGUCAGUGUGCUGCGGUCUCCCAUCACCAUCCAUCGCUCCGGGAAGAAGUACGGCUUCACUCUCAGGGCCAUCAGGGUCUACAUUGGAGACAGUGAUAUCUACAGUGUGCAUCACAUCGUUUGGCAUGUGGAGGACGGUGGCCCUGCCCAGGAAGCUGGUCUAUGUGCAGGUGACCUCAUCACCCAUGUUAACGGAGAGCCUGUCCACGGUCUGGUCCACACUGAAGUGGUGGAGCUAAUUCUAAAGAGUGGAAACAAGGUCACGGUGACAACCACGCCUUUUGAGAACACCUCCAUCAAAGUGGGUCCUGCACGCAAAGCCAGCUACAAGUGCAAGAUGGCCCGACGAAACAAGAGGACCAUGGGAAAAGACAGCCAGGACAGUAAGAAGCGUAGUUCCUUGUUCCGUAAGAUCACAAAACAGUCCAACCUGCUGCACACCAGCCGCAGUCUGUCCUCUCUGAACCGCUCACUGUCCUCCAGCGAGAGUCUUCCUGGUUCCCCGACUCACAGCUUUUCUGCCCGCUCCCCGACUCAGGGCUACCGUUCCACCCCUGAGCCCUCCUACCUGGGUUCCUCUCAGAGCAGCUCUCCAGCCUCCAGCACUCCAAACUCCCCUGCUCCCUCGCAGCACAUGAGGCCCAGCUCUCUGCACGGCCUCUCUCCUAAACUCCACCGUCAGUACCGCUCUGCUCGCUGCAAGUCUGCUGGUAACAUCCCCCUCUCCCCGCUGGCCCACACACCCUCCCCCACUCAGUCUUCUCCCCCACCCUUACCGGGCCACACCAUUGGGAGCUCCAACACCACCCAGUCCUUCCCUGUCAAGCUUCACUCCUCGCCACCCAUCGUCAGGCCUCGACCUAAGAGCGCUGAACCCCCACGAUCACCUCUCCUCAAACGUGUCCAGUCAGCAGAGAAGCUGGGCUCACCUCUGACCCAGUCCAGUUCUACAGGAGGACUUGGGGGUCCGCUGAGAAAGCACAGCCUGGAGGUGCAGCACACUGAGUACCGUAAGGAUGCCUUUCUCUCCGAGCUGGGCCUCCAGAGCCUGCUGGAGACAGAUGGAGAGAACCUGCCUCCUAAUCCUCCACCCCUACCCUCAUCUUCUUCCUCCUCUACACCAGAAACGGGUGUUCUGAAGCCUGUGAGGAGACUAGGAAGACAAGAGUCACCACUCAGCAGGGAAACGCUGCUAGCUGGGAGGGAGAGAGAAGAAAGGGAAAGGGGGAGAGAGAGGGAGAAGGAGAAGGAUUCCGAUACUGGGACAGUACUGGAGAGGCUGGGGCGGGUGGGAGCAACUGGGUCCCCAUCAUCCUUAACAAGAAAACCUCAUGCAACUGAGCUGCCAUUGAGUUCACAAGCUGGAUCAAGCUCCAGAAUAAGUACAGAGACCACUAAAGCUUUGACUGCUAGCACCCCAACCAAAACCACAGGAGGUGUAGUCGGUCACAGAGGGCCGGAAAAGAGUUCAGCAGACAUAACUCCAAAACAGCCAGACCUCAAAAGUGUGCUGUCUAGUAGUAAAGAUCCCCAGGAGCAGCCAGGGGGCAGACCUGAACCAAAGCAUGAAGGUAACAAGAGUCUGAGGCCUGGUUUACCUGCUGCUGCCUUCACAAAGAGUUCUGUUUUUCCUCCAGAUAAAUCCAUCAGCACAGCAGGUCCUCCAAGCAUGAACAAAACCUUUAAACCAUCAGGUAUAGGGGACAGCCACAGAAAAACAGGUGUGGAGAGCUGCGACUCUAGGACUCAAGAUGUCAGCCCUAAGAGCCCUAAACUCCCAGCUCGCAUCCUCGCCCCUGUUGUCCCUCCACAUGGACAGCCACUCUCACUGGGCAAGGUGAGGCAGGGGCUCGGCCCAGUAAACUGCUACAGAGGAACCCUGGACUGGGAGGACAAGUGUCGCCUGGAAGUGGUGGAGGAGCACUCGCCUUCUCCCUCUCCCUCCCCGACUGCUGUCACCCCCUCCCUCUGCGGACCUUCGCUCUGUAAGUCGAGGCCAGUGUCCCCGGGGGACAAGACGAGCUUCGUCAGUCAGCUGACCACCGUGGCCAAAAACGUUCUUGGGCCAAUCAAGCUGGGCUCGCAGGAAGGUGCCAAGAGCAAAGAGCAGCAGAGUAAAACAGCAGAGGAAAAGCAAGGAGGCGCAGCGGGAAAGUCUGACACUCCUGCUGGAGGUCGAGUGGUUGUAGGGGCUGCAGUGGUGACUCAGAGUCCUGCUGGUUCACCACUAGAGAAGGCCGCAACAGGUAGCAGUCCACCUUAAAUAUAACCCCGAAAUCGGACUUUAAAAAUGAUGCCUUUUUUGAAGAACAAUGCAACAGAAGUCAAGCACUUAAAAACAAUGUACAUUCCAGUCAUAAUGUAUAUAACAUGUUAUUUAUUGAUUCCAAUCAUGGACUGAUUCUAACUUAAAAACAAAGGGGAAAAUAAUCUACUGUAAAGGUGCAUUAUGUGUUGAUUUUUAUGAUAAAGUAUUUAAUAAGAAGCCUCUUAAUGUAAUGUGGAACACUUCAUCAGAUGUAUGUGUGGGUCUGUGAAUGCAUGUCAUAUGGUUAUGUACUGUAACAUGUAUUAUAGGUAUAAGAAGGUCAAAAAGUGCUUUACUGAUCAAACAAUGCUGAAUACUGUGAACACCAAAUCCAGUCACUCUAUUUUGUCCUUCAACCAGCCCUUUUGUCUUUAACUGUUAAACUGGAUGAUGAAAUAAAAGGAGAGGGGCUAAGAUGUAGUCAAAAUGUAAAAUAAGCAUCAAACACAAAUGACUGAAGGUGGGUUAAAAACAAGCAACAGCAUGAUUUAGCUAUUUUUCCUACAUGCAGCAGUUUACUGAGCUAAUGUGCACGGUCAGACAAAACAUUGGAUGUCACGUCAAACACUAUCCGGCACAUUCAGUGGCAGGGAUUUCAGUGUGUUAAUGUGUGUGUGAAACCACCUUGGGUCUAUUUCUGGUGGCUCUUGAAGGCUACAGGGCUGACAGAGCUCGGGCUCAGUGCUUAUCUCCCCUUUGCAGAAGGGCUACACAGCCCUUUACUCCCUCUGCCUCUAACUGUAGCCUUCACACACAUACGAACACACGUGCAAACGCUCACAUUGCCACAGCAGGCAGCCAUGUCAGCAGUUAAUUUUCAUGCAUUUAAAUCCAUGCUCAUGUGGUCAGUCGAUUGGUACGGGAGUGUGUUUGUGAGUGAGUUAAGAAGUGGGUGAGGGCGUUAGGGGUAAUUUUUCUUGACACGGUCUGCACAGUAAGGGUCAAACUGGAAAUGAACAGGCAGCAGUGAGGUUCCAGUAGGAGCUAGUGACAUUGCUCUGCUACUUUAUUAGCAAACCACACUGGCACAGAAAUGAUGUAGAAAUUGUGUGUGUAAAAUGAUUAUAAGCACAUUUACACUGAACUAAUGUAUUGUUUUGAGUUUAAGCAGGCAGUCAUGGAUGUAGCAUACUGUAUGAUGUUAAAGGGCUCUAAAGCUGAAGAAAGUAGUUUAUCAGAAUGCACAUUUUACUGUAAAAAGUCUAUUUACAAUAGAAUCAUGAGUUUCUGGAUACUGAGAGGAUUAAUAAAGGUACAGCUCAUGUCUUGCUUUGUAACAUACCAAGAAAGUAUUUGAUUCAAUUCUGUCAGCAAGAGUGCUGAAAAGAAGAAAAUCCCCAUAGGGAACCAUCUUUUUUUAACCCCAUUGUUUUAAUUCAGCUUAGUUCUGUCUAUAAGGACUACUGCUACGCUGAGUGGUUUUUCAGACUUGUGCAGGAGGGAAAAUCUGGCAAAAUCAGAUCAAUCUUUAACUUGAUGCUCUGUAAAAUAUCACCAUCUGACAUCAGUUUGAGUUAAAUGACCUUCAUGCUUUUAGCUUUAACAGUGUUCACUGAUUCAACCAACAACAGCAACUUCAUUUUGAGGCAGAAGUUCACCCACAGAAAUCUGCUACUUUAACAACACUGGCUUGGUGUGCACAUCAGCUUACUACAUAUUUUCUUAUCUUUAUUUCAGUUUUUUCGGUAACAUAUUGAAUGCACAGUUGUGCAGCUACAAUGAGCUCAAAGUGGCUUGUGGGAAGCUGAUUUUUGGAUGAUCAGCAGUCAAAACUUAAACGUAAGCCUUCGUUGGUAUAAAAGAUGAUUACAUGCAUCUUCAGUGCAUCUACUCUAAUUUUGUUUUACUAAUGGUUCUGUGUACAAUCUUCAAGAGCAUUGCAAUGGUUGUCAAAGUCUGAGGUGGUACUGCACAUGCCACAACCUGAGUUUCUUUAUUCUGCAUUAUACUCUACUGCCCUCCAGUGGUUAAAGAUAAACACUGUCAAACAUGUUUCAUGGAGUUUCUGUAAUGAAGCCACAACCACAGAACAAGUAUUAGCCAUAGGGAAACUGAAUAUGCAUUUAUGUUUUUGAAACACAAUAUCUACAGUAUUUACCAAAUGAACACUUGAAAUAUGAGUUUAUUCCUCUUCUGAUGUUGUGGUCUUCACCUGACUGUUAAUUUUAUCUUCUGGAAUAAAUCUACUUUUUAAAUCUACUGUCUAAUAUAUUGUACUGAUAGGAAGGAGUCCUUUUGUAUCUUUAUGUAAGUAACCAGGUUAAAUCUGAUCACCUGAUUAGGAAAACAGACUGUAAUGUAAUCUUAUACAGCUAUUGUGCCCACUUUCAGGCCUUUUCCCCAAUCUAUGGUGUCUUUACCUGUGCUCAUGUUUGAUCAUUUCUUUUCUCUUUUUGUGAUUGACAGAGAGAGUAGUAUAUAUGCACUUUAUUUGAGAAAAAAAAGAUUUUUUAUUUGCUGGCGUUGUUUGUAAGUUACUUUGAAAUAAAAAAGAAAAUAUACUGUAUAAAAUGGAUUAUACAAAUGAACACUAAAUUCAAGUAUAAAACAUUCCACAUUUCUCUGUUCACUGAAAGUGUAUUUAUUAGUACCAUGGGGCAAUUUUGUUUGUGAUAGAUGUAA